AUGUUGAAUAGAUGUAUUCUAACAUUACUCAUUGUAUGCUCAUUAGGUCAUGCUAAACCUCUAUCGGGAGUUCAGCAGUCUGAUCCAGACUGUGACUACAAUAUAACUCAAAUGAUUCAAAGUAAAGGCUAUCCGUGUGAAGAACAUAAAGUGAUCACAAAGGAUGGUUACAUUCUGGGUAUUUUUCGCAUUCCACAUGGUAGAAAAUCGACAACGUCUGGUCGGCCAGUUCUUUUACAACAUGGUCUUCUUGAUGCAGCAACAACAUGGGUGAUGAACUUUCCCGAUCAAAGUCUUGGAUAUAUUCUUGCCGACGCUGGCUACGAUGUUUGGCUUGGUAAUAUGCGUGGUAACUACUAUUCUCGAGCUCAUACGAAAUACAAUCCUGAUCACGAUGAAGAAUUCUGGGAUUUUAGUUGGGAUGAGAUGGCAGGAAUUGACCUUCCGUCCAUGAUCUAUUACAUUCUCAAUGUCACUAAACACACGCAAAUCGGCUAUGUUGGUCAUUCGCAAGGGACGAUGAUUGCUUUUGCUGAGUUCGGCAAUCCAAAUAGUGUUGUGCAGAAUAACGUCAGUUUCUGGGGAGCAUUGGCUCCUGUCGCACACGUUGGUCAUAUCGAAUCACCGAUUCGAUAUUUAUCAUCAGCAACGAUAAUGAAAGAUAUUGAACUUUAUUGGCAUUUAUUAUUUGGUCGAAACGAAUUUCUUCCAUCGAGUUAUAUAAUAAAAUGGCUCGGAAAAUUUGCCUGCGACAGAUUUAUCAUCGAUCGCGUGGUAUGUGACAAUAUUUUCUUUGCUCUGUUUGGGCCCGAAAAGAAAAAUUUGAAUGAAACACGUAUGCCUGUUUAUGUAUCACAUGUGCCUGAUGGUACAUCUGUGAAAAACAUGAUUCACUUUGCACAAGGUGUACAAAGUAAUACAUUUCAAGCAUAUGAUUACGGCUCCCCUGAUAAAAAUCGACAACACUAUAAUCAAACUAUACCACCAGCAUAUUCGAUUCGUUCAAUGAAAGUUCCAACAGCUAUAUUUUCCGGUGGCGAAGAUUGGUUGGCUGAUCCAACCGAUGUCAAUUAUAUUCUUGACAAUGUUCAAAACAUCGUCUAUAAAAAAUACAGAACUUCAAUUGUAAAUAAAGAUAUCAAAUAUGCUUAUCGGUUUUUAUCAUCGGGGUCUAUUUCAGUAGACUUAGCUGCGCGACAUGGGUUUACUAUUUUUCAUGUGGUGAUUCUCUCCUUAUACUUUACUGCAAAUGCAGCUACACCGCAGGCGUACAAGGCUGAUCCAGAUUGUGAUUACAACAUUACGCAACUAAUUCAAAGCAAAGGAUAUGCUUGCGAAGAACACAAAGUCAUUACAAAGGAUGGCUAUAUUCUGGGUAUUUUUCGUAUCCCACACGGUCGAAAUAGUUCAUCUACAGGUCGACCAAUUCUUUUACAGCACGGUCUUCUCGACGCUGCUACAACAUGGGUUCUGAAUUUUCCUGAUCAAAGCCUUGCAUUUAUUCUUGCCGAUCUGGGCUAUGACGUUUGGCUCGGUAACAUACGUGGAAAUCGUUAUUCUCGUGCACAUGUCAAAUACGAUCCGAAUCAUGAUGAAGCUUUUUGGGAUUUCAGCUGGGAUGACAUGGCGAGAGACGACCUGCCAUCCAUGAUUUAUUAUAUUCUCAAUGUCACCAAACAUACACAAACUGCCUAUGUGGGCCAUUCGCAAGGCACACUGAUAGCCUUUGCUGAAUUCGGAAAUCCAAACAAUAAUCUUCAGCAAAAUAUUAGCUUCUAUGCAUCUUUAGCACCUAUCGCUCAAAUUGGUCAUCAGAAGACGCCAUUAAAGUAUCUAGAUACUGAUAGUAAAGAACUCGAACGUUAUUGGCAUAGAUUAUUUGGUCGUAAUGAAUUCCUUCCUGCAUCUAAUAUUCUGAAGUGGCUUGGAAAGUAUGCGUGUAGUGGAUUCUUUAUCGAUCGACUAAUUUGUGAAAAUAUGCUAUUUAUCGUUGGUGGACCUGAUCGAAAGAAUUUGAAUGCUUCACGUAUUCCUGUCUAUACGUCCCACGGACCCUCAGGUACAUCGGUGAAAAAUAUGAUUCAUUUCAUGCAGUGCGGUCGAUCAAAUAUGUUUCAAGCAUAUAAAUAUCAUACUCCUGAAGAAAAUCAAUUACAUUAUAAUCAAUCGGUUGCACCACUAUAUUCCAUACGUUCAAUGAAAGUACCGACUGCAGUUAUUUGGGCUGGCGAAGACUGGCUUGCUGACCCAACCGAUGUUACUUACAUAUUUGAUAAUAUUCAAAGUUUAGUUUACGAAAAAUAUAUUCCAGAUUAUAAUCACUUCGAUUUUGUUUGGGCAGUCAAUGCCAAUAAAGUUAUCUACGAAGAUUUGAUCGGUGUCAUGCAAAAAUACCAUCCAAUCAAAUAA